AUGCAGCCUGGUUGUUGGCUGCACGCCACCCAGCCAGCAACAGCCAGAGUUGGAGUUGGAGAGGAGGCAGCAGAAGCAGCAGCUGGGGGCUACAUGGAGUCCUCCGCCUCGGUGGCCACUCUGGCCUCAAUUUCAUCCAUUGCUUCCACCUCGGCGGCAGCCAGGGCAGCGCUAAAGGCACAUCCCUAUCUGGUGCCACCCUUUGUGGCCACUGCAUCCGCCCCACCCACUCCACAGCCCCAUACAACCUCUGAAGCCCCCUCAAGCACGGCAAGGACAGCGCCUGCCACGCCCACUCGACGUCGCCUUGCCCAGGAUGAGGAUCCGGACUUGGUGGAGGAUUUCGAUGUGCAGCUGGAAGAGUCGCAGCCGGCGGCGCCGCAUGUGAAACCCAAGUCGCAGCGCUUCUUCUGGCGCAAGGCCAUUCGUCGCGUUUUCCAGCGCCGGAAGUGACAUCUGCUGCGGCGUCGCCGGCAGGAUCUACCACGUUGGCAUCGCCCUGCGCGCCGUUGUCGGCGCCGAACCUUGGCCGAGCGGGUGAGGCGGGUGUGCGCCUGUUGCGCCUAUGGACAGAUCUUGCUUCGAGCUGCCCGCGUGGCCCUGCUUAGCUGCAUCCGUUGGCGGACCCGUGGCCACAUACGCAACAACAACUUUUACUUUAGCAAUCACUAAAGGGGGAAGAGGCAAAGCAGCCAACAACCAGCCAUCGCUUUAUCUACAUGCUCCGGCUCCAGCUCCAGCUCCCAGCUACUUGAGUUACUUUUAAUGUCAAUAAGAAUCCAUUCGAUUUAGUUUUACAUACGCCAGCACUUAAUUUAUUUCCUGUGUUUUACAUCGACAAUUAGACGUAUUUUCUUUGCUACAAUAUGAAAUUAUACCAUGUACGACCACGUCCCCACGAAUCCUGUAUAUAGGGUCGACUGUGCUCGAUCCCCAUUCAGUUGAAAAAAAAAAGAAAUCGAAAUCGAAGCGAGGCACAGAAAAGGCGAGAGUAAAGCCCCAAUAUAUAGACGUAUAUCUGUUAUUGUACAUUUAGCCAAGAGGCGAAUCAUCGGCAUAUAUAUACAUUUGUAGCGUACACAUAUAGUUAAAUGAACUGGAGUCGAUCCAUCGAUCGCAGAUGGUUUUUUAUUAGCGUAUAUGUAAAAUGUACAUGGAGGCAGAUAACUUGAGCUGAACAUAACAAUAAUGAGAAUGUAGUUAAUUAGAGUAUCCUCUCGGCUUAGUGAUCGACAUUAGUAUCCAUGAAAUCGUAGCCGCAAACUAGAGAAGCAAGAGCCGCACUACCAGAAAGCAACCACAAGUGAAACCAAUCCUUAAACCUUAAUCGGAACUAAUAAUUAUUAACUAACAAAACACGAGUAUUGUUCAAUAUUAAAUACUAGCGCAAGCCUCAAAUAAUUACAGAAAUAUUGGAUAGAACAAGAAGAAUAUUCAACACGAAAUUUUGGCACAACAAAAUACAUACACAACAAAUUUAUGGAAUUUCUCUCUCACCCAACACACACACACCACACACAAUUGACACUUGAAAUAAUACCUAAAGGCCACUUUAGUUUAAGGCUAGCAGUUAGAGCGAUUUUUUUCAGGAGAGCGAUAGUGAAGCUACUUGAAGAAAGGGUUUAUCAGUUGCGUUUCGAGUGCAUUACUGACUAUUUACUAUAUACACAAAUAUAUAUGGAUAAGUGGCCUUAUUAAUUCGGUUCUACGCACCACACACCAAGCACCACUCACACACUACACACACACAGAAGCUAACCGAUCCCCCAGCCAAUUGUAGCACGCAAGCUAAGAAAUAUGUACGAGAAAUUAGGUAUGGAUUAUAAUAUUGUAACUCGAGCAGAGAUUAUUGCAACAGCAGCAGAUAUAUCAAGCUAAAAUGCAGCAACAAGUGUCCAAGUGUUGAAGGAAAAGGCAAAGAGAGGCGGUUCUUAGUAGUAGCAAAGAUCUUACAAUAACAAGAUGCAUAACGCACAUACAUUUGAAUUCUUAAAUGGUCUAAGAGUAUGGGGUUACUCAUCUUGUUAGUAUAACUUCUUUGACAGUAGCCCACAAGCGAUCUUCGAUGUUGUCAUCAAAGUUAAUCAAGAAAUCAACAAAUCUUCGGCUGGCCGAUGUCUCGAAAAUACUUAUGCAUAUACUCUUUGAAAAUCAGAACCCUGACAUCCAAACGGAGAAGCUAAAACUUAACACGAUACCAUAUAUAUCACAGGCGCCCCGAAAUGAACAGAUAACAAGAUUUCCAAGUGAAAAAGAGACCAGAAUCAGGAAACCCCAGCUGCCGAAAUGCAAUUCCAAUAUGUUCUCACGCUUUCAAAGAGUAUAAUUAUGAAUUAUACGAUACGAUACAUAAUUUAUUGAUGUAGUUAUAAACAAAAAUAAACAACAAAUUACACAAAUUGGAAAACAA